AUGGCCAAAUCAAAAGCGAAAUCCCCGAAGGCCUCCUCACCUGAUAUGAAGAUGAAUUCUCCAACCUCUACCGCUCCUGGAGCCACUACCUCUACCCUUGAUGCUAAGUCAAUUCCGCCAACAGUCAACAAAUCUGAGCCUGCUCCAUCCUACGCCAGUCCAAAUGCCGAAGUCGAUCCCGAAGUCGCGGCCAAGAUCUCGACCCUUCCCGAGACUCUCAAAGUCUUCCUCGAACGUGAUUUUGAGACAAAAUCGAAAAGUGUUCUAAACCUCACUUACUAUCAAGUGUUGUUUCACUUUAAUCCAAAAACCUCAUCCCGCCCGUCUCACCCCAAAGCUAAUUUGCUCAAGGCUUUCCUAGAGGAUGUACGACCAAAAUUAGUCCCGUUCCUUAUCGACCCACCUGCACCAGAAACUACUAAGUCGCCAGACGUGAACUUAGAUUUUGACCCGCUCCAUCGUCGCACCACACGUGGAAUGCUAAUCGGCGCAAUUUUAGCCGCAGACCCUAAGGCUGAGAUCCGUGACGGCUCCCGUAUUGAUCAAUUACUUAUACUAUCCAAAGCACAUGUUGAUAAGGAUUUGUUUCUUCCGGCCAAUCACGAAUUCACUUGCAAGCCUAUGAUUAUGUCAGCUGCCAAGGCGUGUCAAACCCCGAUUGAGAACUUACGAUUCGCGAUACAGUGCCACGCUCCGCAAAUCUUUGUACAUUCAAUUGCAAUGACCCAACCAAUUCUUGCCAACUUGUACAUCAAAUUUGUUCGCGAUGAAAAAGUGCCACCCCUUUCUAUUAUCGAGGGGUACCAUUACUCUGUAGUUGCCGAGAUGAUGGACACCGAAGUUUGA